UGGCCAGCCAAUGCGCUUCAGCUUUACUGCCGAGUGCCGAGUCCAUCAGCCGAACAACACCCGCUGAUUCAGAAUAUUUGAGCUGUGGUAGCAAGAUGGAUGCUGACAAGGAACCCAAAGGUAAGAUGUGUGACCAGGUGAUGCAGAACCCACAGGCAUUGGCAGCUCUUCAGGACAAAAUAGACAGUGUCUCACAUAGUGCUUCCAUCAUGGACAGCUUACCAAAGUCUGUGAAAAGAAGAGUCAAUGCCUUAAAGAAUCUUCAGGUUAACAGCACACACAUCGAAGCCAAGUUUUACAAGGAGGUGCAUGAGCUGGAGAGAAAGUAUAGCGCUCUUUAUCAGCCAUUAUUUGACAAAAGAAGAAAAUUUGUGUCUGGAGAAGUGGAACCCACUGAUGAGGAGUGUGAAUGGCAGAGUGACCAUGAGGAUGAAGCAGCAUUAGCAGAAGAUCUGAAGAAGAAAGCUGCUAUAGGGGAAAAGACAGAAGAUGCUAAUGAGGAAAAGCCCAAGGGAAUUCCAGAGUUCUGGCUCACCAUAUUCCGGAGCGUGGACAUGUUGAGCGAUAUGCUGCAGGAGCAUGACGAACCAAUACUUAAACAUCUUCAAGAUAUUAAAGUGAUAUUUUCUGGUCCUGAUCAGCCUAUGAGCUUCACAUUAGAGUUCCAUUUUGAACCCAAUGAAUACUUUACCAACACAGUCCUCACAAAAGUAUACAAAAUGAAAUCGGAGCCAGACGCAGAGGAUACCUUUUCGUUCGAGGGACCAGAAAUCAUGGACUGUGAGGGGUGUGAAAUUGAUUGGCACAAAGGCAAAGAUGUGACGGUUAAAACAAUCAAGAAGAAGCAGAAGCACAAAGGCAGAGGGACAGCGAGGGUCAUCACCAAACAAGUGCCCAAUGACUCUUUUUUCAACUUUUUCAACCCUAUUAAAGUUUCACCAGAUAAAGAGUUGGAUGAGGAUUCAGAGUUCACCUUAGCCACAGAUUUUGAAAUUGGUCAUUUCUUCAGGGAAAGAAUCAUUCCGAGAGCAGUUUUGUACUUCACAGGAGAAGCUCUGGAGGAUGACGAAAGUUUUGAGGAGGAGGAACUGGAUGAGGGUGAAGAGGAGGACCAAGAUGAGGAGGAUGAGGACGAUGAAGAGGAGGGAGAUUCCAAGUGACAGGCAUAAGUCAUUCUCACCUCAUACAUUUCUAGCCCGUGGAUCCUCAGCCUGCAGAGUGCAAACAACAGUAGUUUGAAGCGCUCACUCCUGCCACUGUCAAACCCCAUCAGCUCUGUAGUGCUGCAUACAGUCUCUGCUGAGCACACAGUCUAACAAAACAACAUGAUGAUGCAGUACAUUGGAAAAUUAGUUGGGUUUUUUUAUCCAGCAGAAUUUGAUUGCUUUAAAAUUCACUUGCUAUAAUACAACAAACAGUAUAGAUAAAUUGGGCAAUUCCACAUUACAGGCAGCCUCAGAAUAAUAUAUAUAUAUUUAUACAACUGUUCGUUCUGAUUCUCGAAUCUGAUUGGCUGAGAGCCUUUUCCAGCUGUGUGAUAUUUCCCCAGUAUCAGCAUUCGAACCAUUUCACCAUUUGUAUAACUCCAUUUGCAACAUUUUUCACAGAGAGUCAUGUCGGAUGAGCAAACCACCAUCAUUUUACAAAUAUUACGGUUAUUGUGUCAUGGAAUGUAGUUUUAAGAGUUUUUUAGCCGAGAAUGUAUUUAAAAUGAUGAAACUGUUCCAGUGCUGAUACUGGGGGAAUAUUGCAUGGCUGAAAAAGACUCUCGGAAAGAACUGUUGUAUGUGUGUGCAUAUGUAAAUGUGAAACAAAAAGACAUAAUGACUUCAGACAUGCUGCUGCAUAGCCAAAAAAAAGUUGACUUACACAGGUUUCAAUCUUGCAUUUUUAUUUAACUUGCAAGCAUUGUGUCUUCACAUUCAGACUGAUAAAAUUUUAAGCCUGAAUUGAAAUAAAUGGGAUUGUAUUAUAACUUCCUGUGCACAUAUAACCUUUGUCAAGGUUGUUUGUAUUUAACAAAUAGAUUCUUUACUCAAUUUUGAAGUGUUCUGUGUCAUGGGCAUAACCUUGUUUUUUUUGUGUGUUUUUUUAAUAAACAGCAUAUCUAUUUAUUUACUUUUUGAACAAAACAGCAUGUUUAUGCACUUAUUUAUGGAAAUGUGUGGACUGUUGCUAGCUAGCUACCAACUAAUAUAUCGAUUAUACCUUGCAGGGAUCAAGAAGUUGUGUUUAAUCAUAUCCGGCUACUUUACAAUAUGGAUGUCUAACAUUUUUAUCUUUCACUUGAAGAUCAUAAUUUAAAAAAAUGAAUCCCUGCACUCCACUACUUUAAGUACCUAUAUGCUUAAUCAAUGUAGUUUCAUUUUGUUUAUAUGUACUUAAAUAUACAUAAAAUCCAUAAUGCUGGAAUUGCUCAAUUUAGAUAUAUAGUAGUCAAAGACUAUAGGGCGAAAGUCCACUGCCAAUGGUCACUGAAUUCUGAGUGAACUGCAGAUGAUUACACGUCCUGAAAGUCACAUGUUUUAUGUGAGCACAUCCUCAAGGCCAUUUUUUUAGAUACAUCACAUCCCAAAGUUGACUGAAUAAUUUAUUUUGUGACUUGAUCUCAUAGGUUACUCAGGGUUUUUUAUGCCAAGAUGACAGUGUGCGAGUAUCCAGCAUUGUGAAACUGUUGAUAUCUAACCUGCUUAAUGUUCUCUUUUGUCUUGUAAAAGAACUAAAUCUUUUAGUUAUUACAGUUAAUUAUAUAUCUUGUUUUCCAUCUUUUUAUUAUUGUUUUGAACUCUCUGUGUUGGUCUUGUGCUUCUUGGUGGAUCCCUGAGAGAAUAUGUUUUGCUGAUGUAUGUACUGUACCUAGUUGAUUAUAGCCCCUUUUAGCAUUUUAAAAAUGAUUUUGCUGUACUGCCCAAGCACUUACUAAAAAAACAACAACAACAAUUAAACAUGUUUAUUGCCAAA